CGGAAAUUAUUACUACGUGAAUGAGAUAGCAAUGGUACGCAGUGGCAACUUCGUAAUCCCGAGACGUUGGAAGCUUCGUGAUGGGAAAGAACUAUGGGCCGAUGCAUGGCCCGUGACACCAAACAACGAUGGGACUGCAACAUACUUGAUCGACGACCAGCGGCUUGUGAACAUCAAAGCCGCUGAUCUCAUCCUCAACUAUUUUGACCUAUGUGAGCGAAGACAACUUCCGCCCUGCUGUGCAUGCCUUUUAGAACGCUCGAAGCAUCAUUUAUCAGCAAUGCCCAACUCCCUCCACCGUCUCGCUCAAGGCGAACCCUUGUACUCCAGCUGGAUUACCGUGUGGGCUGAUGAUGUCUCAGCCAAUCGUUCCAAGUCUUGGAACAAACACUGGAACCUGUACAUAACUCAUGGUAACCUACCACGCAAACUCCUGCAGCAGGAAUUCCAUGUUCACUUCGCAUCUACAUCUCCCAACGCUACUGUUGCUGAGCAGUUUGCUGCUAUGAAGCGCAUGAUCGAGGCAUCGCAAACGGAUCCGAUACGGGUCCCUAGCCCUGGAGCGACGGAGUUCUCUCGCUUUAGGUUGUUUGUGAAUGAUGCCGAUGCCGACAACCCAAUGCAAAGCGAAGAGUGCGGCCACAUUGGCAGCAAUGGCAAUUAUGACUGCCGCAGGUGUAGGCGGGGUGGUUCUGAGGCUUUCCGUGUUACAGAUGAAGGGUACCAUCGCCUCUUUGAGGCACAAGAACCACGAAGCGCAAAGGAAACACUCUCUGAAGUUAAGGCACAGGUUCAGCUUGCAUGCCAUGGUGUCACGAAGCACGUGUCCACCCGGCAGACUGAUACAGGUGUAAAAGAUUCAUAUACACAGCAUUGGAUCGACAUGCUUUUGAAGCGUGCGAGGGAACUGAAGGCUGCAAACCGUAGCCGCAGCGAAGAAGAUAUUGCAAAAGAAUUAAUGGAAUGGGUGAUACAGAACGGCGAUAAUAUAUACAAUCCAUUCUUACAAGUACCAGGUUUUGAUCCCAGCCGCGACACCCCGAUCGAAGUUUUACACACAAUCCUCCUUGGGGUGGUUAAGUACGGAUGGCAUAUGACCCAUACAUCACUCUCAGAAGAGCAGCAAUCAAUAUUUUUCCUGCGGCUGCAAUCGAGUUCUAUUGACGGUCUGACAAUUCCUCCGAUACGAGCAAGCUACCUUUGGCAGUACCGCAACUCAUUAAUCGGGAAACAGUUCAAACAGAUCCUGCAGACGGCAGUCUUCCACCUGUACGAACUUGUGGACUCAAACAAGUUCGAUCUCUGGAAGGCCACUGGUUCACUAUGUGCACUUCUCUGGUUCCCUGAGAUCCCGAACUUCGAAGAGUAUAUCGCAGACGUCAAGGUGGCAGCGGCAAAUGUGCUUGACAUCUUUGCCAAGAUCGAUCCAUCGAAGAUUUCAACAAAGAUCAAGCUACACCUACUUGACCACCUCCCCGAGGAUAUCUGCCGCUUUGGGCCAAUAAUUGGGAGGUCCACGGAGCUGUUUGAGUGCUUCAAUGCGAUAUUUCGUUUCUGUGCUAUCCUUUCAAACAGGAUCUCUCCAAGCCAUGACAUUGCAAUACAACUUGCUGAUCAAGAAGCCUUCAAGCAGCGAAUCACAGGGGGUAUGUGGCAGCAGACUGAUGGACAGUGGGUCUGUGCAUCUCCCCAGGUAUGCAGCUUCCUCGGAAAGCAUAAGAUUCUGCAGAAUCAUCUUGGCUGGACCCCCCUUAUGUAUCUAAGUUUUAAGGACCCAGGCACAGCUCGGGCUGUCCCUCAGGUGCGACGAGUGGAGGUAGCUUGGAGCUCAACAGAGGCAAUCAAGUCUCUCAAUCCACCCUCACACGAGCCGCUCUCCAGCUGGAUUCCCGGCGUUCACAUUAUUGCAGCAUCGUCCGAUGUCUGUAAAGUCGGCUCGUGGGUGUUCGGCAAGUCCCCAUUUGCAGUGGACAAAAGUAUCGCUGGCAGGAUCAAGCAGAUAUUGAUACAAAAGACCGGCUCGACAACCUACGUAGUGCUUGAAGCUUUUGAAGUCAGCUCCGCAUGCCAUGCGGUCUUUGAUAUGCCGGUUCUCCGCCUCCGCCAAGGAGAGAAAUCUUCGAUAACAUUGCUGGCAAAGGAUAUUCAUUUUAUCAUAAAUGUGCAGCAUGAUUGUCUAUACGCGGGAUGCUCGGCAACAGGUUCUCGUCCUCGAAUGCAGGAACGUGAAGCAUCCGGGGUCAAUGAACAGUUCAUUGAGCACAAGGAUGUAGAGCGGUAUAUCAUUAAUAUGCAUGCGUUGCAUAACGCGCAUAUGCUUCGCACCAUCCUGCCUCGUGCAUUGGUUGCGCCUGUCCCUUAUAUUCAAGACCGCUACGAAAGUCACAAGAAGUUCGUCAAGCCCUUACGGCAGGCUUACAAUGAGAAGCAGAAGAAGCUCGAGGCCGAAAGGCUGAAACGAGCCGCAGAGAAAGUAGCAAAAGCGGGCAAGACUGGUACAGCCCCCGCGCAGGGCUCGAAUGUCGCCGAGUCACAGUCCCCGGUGGGGCAUCAAGGUGACGCUGAGCUGGGAGAGCAGGAUAAGCAUUGA